AUUACAACUGCUCAUACACAAACACAGAGAUCAGAAACUUAAAACCAGCCGACUAAAACAGGAUGAUGAAGAUGUCAAGAAGAGUCACAAGUUGCUGUGUAGCUCUGUUCCUUACCCUGACCUCUGUGUCAGCUGUGAGAAAGCUCAAUUCAAUCAAUGAUUUGAGGGAAAUCAACUUUGGCCAAUCUGUGCCCACACACAGUCUCCUGCUGCUCUACUGGUUUGCCAACAUUGUUGAUAUUGACAGAAACAAUGUCAUACAUUUAACCUUUGAUCCAAACAAUGAAGAUUAUGGCUCACAUCAUUAUGGCAACUUUGAGGGGCUGCUGGAACAACGGCCUUACGGACAUCAGUACUACACUGUUGGCAAUCUCAAACAAGACUCGCCCAGGCGACUUCCAUCUUAUGUCCUCCAUCCCAAGGCAGAGUAUGCGGGAAGAAACAGGGACCGGAUCAUAAUCAGAGUCAGGGAUCAGAACACAGGAUGGCAGAGGAUAGACAGAGUGUACCUCACACAGCAUUAUGGGGCUCCUGAACAUCCGGGGACAUAUGAUCCAGAUCAUACCUACGAGAUCACGACUAACCUUUUAAGAGAAAUCAGAGAGUUUUCUGUAGAAAAUCGGCAGUCACUCAUGUUUCUCAGAGAUCGCUUUGGAGGAAACGCUAAUGACUUCCAAUUACAGGACAUAAGAAACACAUGGGGUCAACUUGCUGGUCUUGGACUGCUGCUGUUUAUUGUGCUCCAGAGAGGGCGCUACUCGAACCAAUCCAACUACAGACCUCAGCAGGCGGCAAGAAGAAACACAGACACUGAUUUCUUUGGCAGCAGACAAAAUCAUGGGAAUGCUGAUACUUCAAACAUCUGUACAAACAUCUGUACUUAUAUCGGGGUCAUUUUAUUUUUAUUAGUUGUUAUGAUUGUCAUUUCUUCAUCAGAUAUGAGAAGAUGACAAGAGAUGAGGGAGAGCAAGUUCCUAGAUAUUGCCUACACAAAAGUGUGAUGGAAAUGCUCUUCAAUGAUGACGAAGACAUGGAAGCCAGCAGGAGUUAACAUGAAUGAGAAUCAGACUUAUGACACCUCAGUAGACCUGGAUGAUGGCAACGGGUAGUUCUACUAUUCUGUUGUAUGCUUUGUUUUGCCUCCAUAUGUUGCAUUAAUUGUGUACUUUAUUUUCUUCAUAUUGAGAUAUAGGCUUAGUAUGACAUGCUUGUGAUGAAAGACCAAAUAUUAAAAAAAAUCACAACUGUUUGCAAUGAAGCGCUGGGAGUCUUGAGGGUUUCAGUUCAGACUAGUCAGUCAGCCAACUUUAUCAGACUAUAGGAUCAUAGUAAAAACUCAGUGAUCAGCACAUCUUCCUCACCAAGAGCUGAAGGAGUCAUCAGUGAUUGAAGGUGGUGAAGUGUUUGUUCUGACUGAAAACCUGCAGAAGCUGACCUCAAGAGACAUCUGCUGUAAAUAACGUUUGAAUGGAUCUUGAAUUUUUAUUUUUUUAUUUUUUUUUAAAACAACAUGGCAGUUUUAAGCUUUAUUAGAGGUGAGGUCUAAGGGGUUGUAUUUCGCCAAAAACACAUCUGGACAUUUUGAGCUUUAUAUAUUUCUAUUUAAAAAAACUGCAGUUAGGUAAUAACUUCACAAAUUCUGCUCUGGUACAAUCAUAAACCUACAGAUUUUAUUCUUGCAACAAUGUCAUGCUCCAGCACAUUUAAUCUAAAAGUAGUGAUUAAUUGCUGCUUCAUCCUGUGUCUGAUAAACAUGAAGAGAAUUUAAAUAGCUCUGAUGUAUAAAUGAAACAAAUGAGUGAAAUGUGCUAUGGCCUCUUAAGAACAACCUUCUGUAAUUAUAUAUUAGCUUUUGGAUUUAAAAAAAAAAAAAAAAAUCAGGAGUGUAUUUUACAUGAUUUGUAUUCUUUCUGUAAUGCUGAAAAUGGUGCAUUUAUAUACCACACACUGCUUUGUUUGGUCUGUAAAUAAAGUCUAUAAAGCUGACACAUUUGAUCAUCUCUUCAUACCAUUUCCUCAAGAAGCCCAGGUCAAUGUGAGGAAGAAUUCAAAUACAGAGGGAAACUCUUGUGUUGGUCUUUGUGUUGAUGAAUUUACUUAUUCAAGUUCAGUUAGAGCAGCAACUCGCCAUUACUUUCUUUAUUGAGUAAUCAUUUUAAUUAUGU